AAGCAAAGCCGAGACGUUCUUUCUAACGUGGCGUCGUGGGCACUUUGCGCCUCGCCUGGGGUCAGCAAGCAAGGACGAGCGUCGACAGGGGUACUUUGUAGCCAACAGCUGGAGCCGUCCUUGCGUCCCGGGCCCUCGCUGUGGCACCUGUGAUACCUCUGAGCUGGCUGGAUUUUCAGCCCUCACAGGGGCGCUGAUUCGCAGCUCCAGGACUGCAGAAGAGAUCUUUUCCUCUCAGUUGAAUCUCCCCGUAAAACAAAUUUGAAGUCCCGGAUGUCAUGCAGCUCCCAUCGGAUAAAAACUUUCUUUAAAAGUUCAUGCUUACUAGGGAGUUUGUGGGAAAAGUGAAACCCAAUAUACACAGAACACUAUGGCUGAGCACGGAGCGCACAUUACAACUGCUUCUGUGGCUGAUGACCAUCCAUCCAUCUUUGAGGUGGUAGCCCAGGACAGUUUAAUGACAGCAGUGAGACCUGCUCUGCAGCAUGUGGUUAAGGUUCUUGCAGAAUCCAAUCCUGCCCAAUGUGGCUUCUUUUGGAGGUGGUUUGAUGAAAUCUUUACUCUGCUAGAUUUUCUGCUCCAGCAGCACUAUUUGUCUAAAACCAGUGCCUCAUUUUCUGAGAACUUUUAUGGCUUAAAGCGCGUUGUAAUGGGGGACUCUCCCAGGUUGCAGAGACUGGCCAGCUCAGGUCUCCCCAAGAAGCAGCUUUGGAAAUCAAUUAUGUUCCUGGUUCUUCUUCCCUAUCUGAAAGUGAAGCUGGAGAAGCUGGUCUCCAGCCUGAGAGAAGAGGAUGAAUAUUCCAUUCAUCCUCCUUCUUCCCACUGGAAACGAUUUUACAGAGCCUUUCUGGCAGCCUAUCCAUUUGUUAAUAUGGCCUGGGAAGGUUGGUUUCUUGUACAACAACUUCAAUACAUCCUAGGAAAAGCUCAGCACCACUCACCCCUGCUGAAGCUGGCUGGAGUUCGGCUAGGUCGACUGACAAUUCAGGAUAUACAAGCUCUGGAGCACAGACCAGCUGAAUUUGGCAGGAUGCAGCAACCAGCCAGGAGUGUUAGUGAGAAGAUAAAGUCAGUUCUGAAGAAAGCUAUGGGGGGUGUUGCCUUAUCCCUCUCAACUGGCCUUUCUGUUGGUGUAUUCUUCCUGCAGUUCCUUGAUUGGUGGUACUCAUCUGAAAAUCAAGAAACCAUCAAAUCACUAACUGCACUGCCUACCCCACCACCACCUGUACACCUAGACUACAACUCUGACUCUCCCCUCUUACCCAAAAUGAAGACUGUGUGCCCUCUGUGCCGUAAAACCCGGGUGAAUGAUACUGUUCUUGCCACCUCUGGUUAUGUGUUUUGUUAUCGCUGUGUGUUUAAUUAUGUGAGGAGUCACCAAGCUUGUCCCAUCACAGGUUAUCCAACAGAAGUACAACAUCUAAUUAAACUGUACUCUCCUGAGAACUAAAAGGAAUUAGCAUCUUGUCUCAUAACUUAAGUGUUGCACUGUAAGGCCACAGGGUUGUUUUUCAGCAUGGUAUAUAGCACUGAUACUUCUCUGCCCCAAUUCAUUAACUAUAUUAACUUAAACAACAUAUGGUUUUCUUUAAAAAACAUACCUACUUGAUCCUAUCCUUUUAGCCUGCUCUUUAGACCCCUUCUACAGUUGACCAAGCUGGUUAAAAUUAGGAUAAUCAAGAUUAUAGGGCAUAUGAGGCUCAAUAUAGAGAUGGACAAAAAUUAGUACAGAAGCUUUUCUUCUUCUCAAAGAAUAAGAGGUACAGAAGCACUCAAGAAAACCCCAGGUUAGGCCUCAUAGUUGGGUGGUGAGGAAGCAGGACUUCUUUGCAAAAGGCAUUUAUCUCCCUGUGAGGCAGAGUUUUUUAUCAGUUCACAAAUGCUCUUUAUAUAGAGCAAAACAACUCCCUCCACAUACUGUGAACCAUUUGUUAAUCUGCUAUAGUGUAUCAGCUUUGAAGAUUCUUUUAUGAGUCAUAAUCUCUUUCUUGGGAAAGUGGUCGAAGAAAAAUAGGAAAAAAAAAAGUUUACAUAGAGUAUGAAAAUUUCAAUGUGAAAGCAAAGCUAGCAAGCCAUGAAAAGAUAAUAUAACAUAGUUAUCCAACUGUGAGUAAUAAAAACACCUUUCAAUAAGCUCCUUCUGCUUGCUAAUAAUAGUUUGUUCAACUCGUAUGAAUUAUUCUGGUUAUUACUAAAGUUUCUAUGAAACAAUCAAGUAAAAAUCUUAAGAAUAAAUGUUUCUGGCAAAAAACUAUUCCAUGCUGUCAUGAUUAUGUGGAAACUUAAAAGAUUACUCAACAUGUUUUUAAAAUAAAUUUUCAUUCAGACUA